AUAUACCUGAACGCGUUAUCAUUCAUUCUUUUUACCCCGAUAAUUCAGUUGAAUUCACGUUUAUCAAAUAACUAAUUUCCUAUAAAAAGGCAAGUGUGCUCAUUCAUCAUUAUCAGUACACCAAGACGUGAUAUACCAAGUGGAUCGACACUUCUCCUUCUUAUUCAGAAACAUGAAGAUGUUCGUUUUUCUUUGCCUAUUAUUUGUGACUGUCUGUUCUGCACAGAGAUUCCCCAACAGUAUAUUAGAUCAGGCAAUGAAUGCUAUAAAAAAUGCUAAAAGCUCGGUUGACAGUGUCAUGUUAAAUUUGAAACACUCUCAGACGAACAUUGGCUUAAAAGGAAAAAAUGAAAUUAGCAACCUUUAUAUUCAAGCUAGUCAGAACAUCAACUCAAUUUUAACAACUCGUCUUAAUUAUAUUAAGGAAAAGUCACAAGAAGCAAAGGAGUCAGGUAAAAAUGCUGAAAAUUGUUUAAAUACCGUCACAAAGAGUAUGAAGGACGCCGGUCAAACAGGAUAUAAUCAACUCAAUAACUGCAAAAAUAUAGCAAAUCAAAAUUUUGACACAGUACUGCAAGCAUUUGACAACGAGCAAGCAAAUGGACAGAAAUUAAAAUAUCAAUUAGAUCAGGUUGCCUUGGGAUGCAUGGGUUCUUCUAAUCCUCAACAAGUCGCAAGUUGUAUACUUAUGAAAGUAGGAGUCAUCAAUCAGGAGAUUCGUCAAUACCAGCAAAGAGCUUCACAACUGAACAUGGAUGCAGAGAGAAAUAAAAAUGCAAUUACUUUACAACAAAGAUCUUGCAAUAGUGAUGCCAUCUCCGUAGUUCAAAAUGCAUCUACUAAAGCCAUAUAUGCCGCAGCUGAUUGUCUUAAAAGCUAAAACGAAUAGAUCAUAAACUUUAAAUCCAUAGAGUGUUGAAUCGAAAAUUAAAUUUGUCGAUUAUAAAAUAAAACCCAUAAAUUAACGCCUACACCUCUAUGACAUCGUAAUGAACUAUCCUAUCGUUUGCUUUGCUCAUACUAAAAUACGUCUGAGAUAUUGUUAACCAAUGGCACUGGAGACACCCUAUGUAUCUCUAUUUUUUUUAUAUAAACCCUCUUUUGUACCUUUACUUAUUUCACAAUUUAUAUGAUUCGAUAUGGUUUCAAAGCUAAAUGAAUCAUCUUAAUAUAACUGAAUAUUUUUAUUAAUACGUGCAAUUACCCACUACUCUCUGUUUGCAAUUCUUUUUAUGUAUGUUAUAUACGUAUAUAUCAACAAAUCUCGUAAGUUUCCGAAUUUAUAAUAUUAUAUAGAGGCUUACAUUAAAUUUAGUGAUAAGAAGAAUAAAAUUAUUUUCCAAUUCUCAAAAGAGACAUCUCUAUUUCAUAUUAUAUUUUAUCUGUAAAUGAAUGUAAUUUAUUCUCUAUAAAGUCGUGUGUAUAUAUGUAUGUAUGUAUGUAUGUGUAUAUUUGACAUUAAUCGUAAAAAUUUGUUUAAAACUUAACAAAGGCCGUGUGAUAUCAUACAUGACAUUAAUAUAAAAUAUUCUAUACGCAUUUUAUAAUCUAAUCAUAGAUAUCCUUGGUUCAACAUUCAUAUAUAUUCGUAUAAUAUAUACACAUACGUGCAUCAUAUGUAUACUUUUGUAGACUUCACUUAAAUAAAUAGUUGGUUCAAAGGAAAGAUAAAAUUGCAUUAUAUAAAAACGAAUACUUUUUUACAAUCGUACAAGGGGUAAAUAUUUAAUUUACAUCGGUUGAAACAUAACAUGUUAAAACUUUCGAAUAAAACUACACUGUGUUAUAGGCUAUUCUUUUACUUGAAAACAGCCAUUUUUUGCCAUUAUCUUUCAAUUAUUAAAUUAAUGUUAUGUUGAAUUAUAUUUUAAUCUUAUACGCUAUUUCGUACAGGGUUUGCUAGAUUUACUAUCUAUCUCAACAGACAUUCAUCUCCAUAAUAACAACAUAGACAUCGAGUCAUAAUAGGGAUAAUGAUAGUCUUAUAUUUUGUUUCAGGUCACACGAUGAUUAUCGGUGGCACAGAUAUAUCAGCGAAUUAAUUCGACCAGCUCAUGAUUUUGUUGCAAUAAAUGUAUUUCUUCUUUUUUUGUUUUAGUUCACUUAAAACUAAGAGUAGCAAUAGUAGUUUUA